AUGGGAGGGGGAUACAGACAGAAACACACAAGUGCUGAGCAACCGUAUGCGCUGCGCUCGCCUGCUGCGGACGUUUGUGUUUGUUUGCUGACUGAAGUGUCCGGUGUUGUCGUCUGCCAAGGGGAAAUCGCCACCUAACAAAAGCUUCACUGUGUGUAGUCCAGCAACCGAAUACAGAGAGGAGAAACUAGAGAAAGUGUGCGGAGAACCAGCUUGCGUCUCCGCUGCAGAUCUGCAAAGGUGCAGUGCCAGGAGUUCAUACUUUGAUGGAUGCCGCUCACCUGUAGUACGUCUUGUGUAUAUACUGAAGCAAACCUUUAAGAGGACAGGACGAAUUGAUCGCUGACUACACAAGCUGUAUGGGGGUUCUGGUGUGUUGUGACUGUUUCUUCUACAGGAAAUCCAAAACGAAGCCCAAUGGAAAGAAAGCACCCACAGAAGAGAAGAAGCACUACCUGGAGCCAGAGUACACAAAAGUACGGGUCAUGGACUUUGACCUUAAGGAGUUGGUCUCACUCCCGACCAGAGAGAUAGACCUGAAUGAAUGGCUUGCCAGCAAUACAACAACCUUCUUCAAUCUCAUAAACCUGCAGUAUAGCACAAUCUCAGAGUUUUGCACUGGCGAAACAUGUCAAGCCAUGACGGCCUGCAACACUACAUACUACUGGUAUGACGAAAGAGGGAAGAAAUCAAAGUGCACAGCGCCUCAGUACGUGGACUUAGUUAUGAGUUUUGUGCAGAAAUUGGUGACGGACGAAGACAUUUUCCCCACAAAAUACGGCAAAGAAUUUCCCAACUCGUUCGAGUCUCUGAUAAAGAAGAUGUGCCGGUAUCUGUUUCACGUGCUGGCGCACAUCUACUGGGCACACUUUAAAGAGACCGUAGCUCUGGAGCUACAGGGACAUUUGAACACACUGUACGCACAUUUCAUCGUCUUUGUCAGGGAAUUCAACCUGGUCGACCCUAAGGAGACCUGCAUCAUGGACGACCUCACAGAGGUGCUGUGCACCCCCCUGCCCUCCCAUAUGAACAAUCACGUAACCGAAAGAUGAGCCGGUUGUCCCGGCGAUCAGCUCCUCGAAGAGGAGGACGAUGAUAAACGGUGCGAGGCCUCCUGCCUAAGGGCCUUUGUUGAGCUCCUCCAUUGCUUUUUAUUACCAUCUUAAAAAGAAUUGGUCAAAAGUAGGGGAUGGAGAUCUGCAGCUCUACCAGCACAGAUUGAUGUGAAUAUUUCCUCCAGGAUCAAACAAUCUGUCUACCUUAUUGUUUCUUUAGGAACAAUUUGUAUUUUUUAUUUUUUGCUUUUUCAUUAUUUUUGCGCAUGUGCUCUCUGAGGUAUUUUUUUGUAUGUAUUUGUUUAAGGGAAUGGUAUUUUUCUUUGCUCAACUGUGCCUUGGAUAUAUAACUAAGGUAUGGUCUGUUAUGCAAUAAUGUUUAGAAAAAUAUUGUAGACCUCUGGCUCCCCCUUGUGGAGGGAGUGAAGUCCGACUGACUGUUCAUGUUCAGCCUUAUUUCACAUAGUGACUUAUAUUCUAAACACCAUUUAUAACCCAUUUUCUUUUAUUUAAACACCUCUAGCACCAUUUCCAAACUUGUUUUUGCCAAUUCAAGUUUUUUUUAAGAUAUCUGGCAUUGUAAUUAUGUUGUUUUAGAGAGUCACACAAAGCCAGCAUCUACCUUAAGGGUUUUCAAAAUGUACCACCUUAAGAUGUACUCGUUAUCUGGAGAAAUAUUGAACUUGUUUAGCGGGUUUCUUGACAAGGACAUUUUUAUAAAAUCUGCAUGUCUGCUCAACUAGAUGCUGCAGAUGGAGGCAAAUAAUUGUUGCAUGGCAGUUGACUUGCUGUGUUGCAUUUAUUAUGAGACAGCAGCACAUAAUCCAGUGCAGCCACACCAUGUUUUUAUUUCAUUUUUUAAGUUAUGAGAGGUCAUAAAUGUGGCAUCCCGAACAUGUAGAACAUGCACACUUUCCCUUUUUUUAAGAAAUAGAUUGUAAGUAUAUAAAAAUCACAAUAAUUGCCUUUAGCGAAAGAGGUUUGACUUUCUCUUCUAUAUUUAUUUUGACUUUACUUUUUUAAUCUAUUGGCAGAGUUCUUCAGUUCUUGCUUUAAGUAUUUUAAUUAUCUAAGUUAAAAGCCACCUAAUAUUUUAAGCUCUGCGAAGUAUAAUCGAAUAAAAACGAGAAAUGCCACUUUA